AUGGAGCCGUUUAACUUUCGCACCUAUGACAAGGAGACUAACACCUCAACUUGGAAGUUUCAGGAUUCCGAGUUGCCAGCCCGCCCAGGCUUCAAUACCACUGGCAAGGGUAUCCAAAUCCGAGUGAAUCAGUUCAAAGUCACUCAGUUUCCGAACCGUGACAUCUAUCAAUACGAUGUUACUAUUGGAGGCAGUGAUGAAAAGAUGGGCAAGGUGAAGGCUGUUUGGGAUUCCAAGCAGGUGCAGGAUCGACUGAAGGCCCUUAGCAAAGGUGUACCAUUCCUUUGGGAUGGCAACAAGCUUGCUUGGCAUACUGUCAAGAUUCCAGAGCAGCGAUUUGAGGUUAAUCUUGAUGCCGAAAAGGGCCGUACUCCUCGCCCAGGCAAGGAGGACAAGUGCAUGUUCAGCAUCAAGUACACCAAGAACGUUCGUAUGGCGGCUAUCGAUGCUUACAUUUCACGCCAAGCUCCAUUCGAGAGCACUUUGCUGGAGGCCAUUAGCUUUCUCGAUCAUGCUAUGCGCCAGUUCCCAUCCCAGCACUAUAUAACUGUGAAGCGCAGCUUCUUUACCAGAGGUGGAGGGGCACAACUUCUCGAUAACGUCAUUGUUGCUAUGAAGGGAGUCUACUCUUCGAUGCGCCUGUGCAGUCCCAAUCCUUCUUCUGGUGGCUCGGGCACCGGGUUGGCCGUGAAUGUGGAUGUUGCCAACUGUUGCUUCUGGAUCCCCCAGGAUCUUCAUCAGGCUGCGCGCAACAUGUGCAAGGAUAAGAACCGCGGUCUAUCUUAUGAAGUCUUCCGCGAUCUGCUUUUGCCUGUUAAUAGCAAGGCAGGAUUGACUUACUCCGAUACUUUCAAAGACCUUCGCAAGAUGGCCAAGCUGAAGUUCAGAGUUAAAUAUUACGCGAAGAACGACACUAGGGCCAGUGAGCGGAUCCAUACCAUCAAGGGUUUUACCUUUGAGCAGAAGCUGGGGAAGCUAGGUGCAAAUGCCAAAACCGUCACAUUCAAAUUGAAGGAUAGGGCCACAAACACCGAAACCGAGAUUUCCGUUUAUGACUACUUCAAGAAGAAAUACGAUGUCAACACUCAAUACUGGCAACUCCCUUUGGUGGUUACAGCUAGGGAUGGAAUGUUUCCUAUGGAGGCAUGCAUUCUAGAACCCUAUCAGAGAUAUGUCUUCAAGCUCAACCCCGACCAGACAUCUAGUAUGAUUAAAUUUGCCGUCACCCGUCCUCGGGAGCGACUCCAGGCCAUCCAGAAUGGUAUCAACAUGCUCAAAUGGUCACAGGACCCAUGCCUCCAGCAUUAUGGUAUUAAGAUCGACCCUCAGAUGACAACAACCAGUGCGCGCCUUCUCCAGAACCCGGAGAUCGCCUUUGCCGGUUCCAAGCUGAACCCAGGUACCCAAGGUCGUUGGGACCUUCGAGGCAAGAAGUUCUUACUUAGCAACACCGAACCUCUUAACUCAUGGGGCUUUUUCAUUGUUGGGGGCGUUAAGGCAUGUGAUCCGCCUACGCUUCAAAACUUCAUCAAUGUCUUUAUCCAAACCUAUAUUGGGCAUGGUGGCAAGAUCAAGAACAAGCAUCCGGUUAUCAUCCCUCAGCCUGAUGGCCAGGAUUUGGGAGAUGCGAUGGCCGCCGCUCGCUAUACUAUUGGUAAUCAGGUACAGGCCGCCCCUCAAAUCAUGUUCUUGAUCCUUUCAACUCGCGACUCGUUCUUGUACCAACGCCUAAAGAGAGGCUUGGAGUGCCGCUUCGGGUUAGUCUCACAGAUGAUGAAUAUCGUCCAUGUCAGAAAGGCUCAGCCACAGUACUGCUCCAACCUUUGUAUGAAGGUCAAUGCGAAACUUGGUGGGACCACUUGCAAGAUCAUCUCAGGUCCUAAGCCUGAUUCCCCUGCCUUCCCUAGACCAACUAUGGUUAUUGGUGCUGAUGUUUCUCAUCCUUCACCGGGCAGCCCUGAGGCUUCUACUGCUGCUAUCACCAUGUCUUUCGACAAUUUCGCCUGCCGAUACGCAGCAGCAGUACAAGUGAACGGUUUCCGGGUCGAGAUGGUCACUAAGUAUAAUAUUGAUCAUAUGUUCAUGGACCUUUACAAUUAUUGGGUCAAGAAGCAUCGUCGUGCUCCUGAACACAUAUACUACUUCCGUGAUGGCGUUUCCGAGGGUCAAUAUAGUCAUGUUCUUGACCAGGAGGUUAGCUUCAUGAAGGCUGCAAUUGCUCUCAAGUACCCUGAUUCAAAGAAUAUCAAAUGGACUGUUGUCAUAUGCUCUAAGAGACACCACAUUCGAUUUUUCCCAAAGGAAGGCGACAACCAAGCUGGGGACCGGAACAGCAACCCCCUUCCAGGAACUCUUGUCGAGAAGGAUGUCACCCAUCCAUUCGAAUAUGACUUCUAUUUGUCUUCCCAUUCGGCCAUUCAAGGAACCGCUAGACCAGUUCAUUACCAUGUCAUUCUUGACGAGGCCAAGCUUGCACCCAACGAUUUCCAGAAUAUGGUCUACAAGCACUGCUACCAGUACAUGAGAUCGACCACCCCGGUGUCCCUCUACCCUGCUGUGUACUACGCACACUUAGCCUCCAAUCGUGCCCGCUGCCAUGUAUCUACCCCAGCUUCACAGGGUCCCACUGGCGGCCAGAAGUUUGAGGAGGCCCGACAGGAUGCCGUGGUUCGUAAGGCCGCUGGUAUGGCUCCCUCCCGUGCUUCUAAGGAUGAUACAGUAAAGUCAUCCGAGGCCAGACCUCUUGUUCCACUCGGAAACCAGCAAAGCAACCCAGAAUUGCUUGAGAAUAUCCGCACCGGCAUGUGGUACAUUUAA